GACUCGCGGGCUGCAAGUCUCGAGGUCGACCGUCAAGGCACCAUGUCCACAGCGAUUCUUUCCAUCUUGUCCUCGUUUGUCGAUGUCGCAAUCUCGACGCGCCCGGACGAGCUUGCAAUGGUAACAGUACUGUAAUCAAUUUGCGUAGCAGGAGUCAUUGGUCCGCAUCAUCUUGUCAACGUCUUGUCUCCUCCUUCUUUUUAAUUAUGACACAAUGACCCCUUCCGGCGAAGCAACCAGCGUAAUGGUGACAGGCGAUGGGGGCUCGUUGGAUGCGCGUCCCGAGACUGUUCAUGCCACUUUGUCGAUUGCGUGCAAUUUGAUGAUGUGAUUCCAGUCCAUCAGCGCAGAAGCUUGUUAAGUAUACACAAGAAGUCAAGCGCGGAUUGCUUACCAAGAAGCCCCGCGCUUCACAGGGAGGAGCAGAAAGCUGGGAGCCGGAGAUCGAGGUCCAGAAACAUCAUAAGAUGAGUUUGUUUGCCUACUGGGACUCUCUGGAGGGCGGACGGGAGGGGGCCAUGGUAGAUCGAGAGUUAAGGCACGUAUUCGAGAUCCUAUCUCACACAAGAGGGCUCGGUAGCAGGAUCUACUUAGAAGUCAUCUGGGUUGAAUCUCCCAAAUCUUCGUGUGAGCCCGAAGCGACUAUACGGGACGCUGAUAACGACAUUCUGGAAGGGUAUUGGAAAUCUCAGGGCGGCCGUAAGAAAGCAUUGAGGGCAUUGCGAGGCUCGUCAGGCCCGAAGGGUUCGCUGGCAACAUGACCCGACUAACCGAUGGCCGUUGUAAGAUAAGGGACCACACCGCCAUAGAGAAAAAUGCCUCGAGUCGGAAUAGUUGAAGAGAUCAAGACGCCGGAACCGGCUGAAGUGCAGCGCCUUGUGGAGGUGCCGGGUUUUCGUGUUAACUUUCAUACCAUAGUGUUGUCC